UUUCGAGACUGAGAACAGUGUAGUUUUCACUUUCUUGUUGUGAAAUUGCUAACCUAUUUUAUUUGAUUAUGUAUCGAAUUUAUAUUAUUCAAUAGAGAAAGAAGAAUCUCUUUGUUAUUAGAUGUGAAUUAUAAAAUAUUCGAUUUGUUUAGUUAAUAAAACUAUUAUUGUGGAAUUUCCAAUGUAUUCAAAAUAAUUUGUUUACUUAGUCUAAACAAAAUAAACAGUGAAUUUGUUUGAGGCUAUUAACGUCAUAUAAGAUUAAGAUAACUUAAUUUUAGGGUUUGAAAGCAUAUGAAGAUUUUGAUAUAAAAGAUUUGUUAUUAAUUAUAUAAAUAUAUUUUUGUGAAUAAACAUGGCGCACUAUAAAGGAGCUGCUAGCGAAGCUGGCCGUGCCAUGCAACUCAUGAAAAAACGUGAGAUUGCACAGCAAGAAAUAGAAUUACGAAAAAAGAAAAUAGAAGAUGACUUGAAGAUCCAUAAUAUAGAAAAUAAAUUUGCCACGCAUUAUAAUGCUGUGGAACAACAAUUAAAAACAUCUACUAUUGGUCUUGUUACAUUAAAUGAGAUGAAAGCUAAGCAAGAGAAUAUAGUAAAGGAGCGUGAAAGAAAACUUGCACAAAAGGAACAAGAAAAGGAACAAGAAAAAGAAAGAGCACUUGCUGCAAAACAAGCAGAAAAAAAUAAACAAAAAAGACAAAUACAAGCACUAUCAUUUAAUUUAGAUGAAGAGUCUGAACAAUCGGAUGAAGAAUCAGAUGCAAAAUCUGAUAAAUCUGAAAAGUCAAAGAAUGAAAGUUAUGGUCCAGUUAUUAAGAAAAUUAAAAAAAACCCUGAUGUAGAUACAAGCUUUUUACCAGAUAGAGAAAGAGAAGAAGAAGAAAAUAGAUUAAGAGAAGAAUUACGACAAGAAUGGGCCCAAAAACAAAAUGCUUUAAAGGAAGAAGAAAUAGAAAUUACUUUCAGUUAUUGGGAUGGAUCUGGUCAUCGACGUAGUGUAAUUAUGAAAAAAGGUAAUUCAAUUUAUCAACUCCUUCAAAGAUGUUUGGAAGUUUUAAGACGAGAAUUUAGUGAACUUAAAACUGUAAUGGCAGAUCAAUUAAUGUAUGUCAAAGAAGAUCUUAUCUUGCCACAUCACUAUACUUUCUAUGACUUCAUUGUCACCAAGGCAAGAGGGAAGAGUGGACCACUUUUUACAUUUGAUGUUCAUGAUGAUAUUCGAGUUAUGCACGAUGCUUCUGUUGAAACGGAAGAAUCGCAUGCGGGCAAAGUCUUAUUAAGAUCAUGGUAUGAAAGAAAUAAACACAUAUUUCCUGCCAGUAGAUGGGAACCUUUUGAUCCAACAAAAAGUUAUGACAAGUAUACAGUUUCAGAUAAAAAUAAAAAGAAAGAUUUAAUAAAAUAAUGUAUUUUAAAUUAUAUAGAAGAAGC